GAAUUGUUUCGAUGGCCGCAAGCGGCUUGGAUCAUCAUUUGAACAAUAAUCGAAACGUUGAUGCAAAGCGAUUAUCGAAUGUGAUAAAAAGAACAUCUGUAGAUAAUUCUCAAAAUGAUGAUUCAAAAAUCUUAUCAAUCGUGGAUAAAGAAUUGCUGUCCAAGCAUAUCGGCAAAUGGCGUCGUCUCAAUAACGGUGCUGGAAACAGUAAAUGGAUUUUGAUUCAAUCCGAUCCUAAACCUACGGACAUUAUUCAAGGUCUUUUGGGUAAUUGUUGGCUUCUCUCAGCAUUGGCUUUAGUUGUUCAACAUGAAAAUUUACUUUCAAAUGUAAUCCGUACAAGUUCAAUGGAAUUUGAUCAAAAUGCUCAUUGUCAUAUACGAUUAUUUCGAAAUGGUCGAUGGCAUACAGUGAUUGUUGAUGAUUGGCUACCUUGUGAUCAUAAUGGUCAUUUAGUUUUUUCGGAAUCAAAACGAAAUCAAUUAUUUGUUCCGUUAAUUGAAAAAGCAAUGGCUAAACUAUUGGGUGGAUAUCAUCGGCUAAUUGGUGGCCAUACUAGUCUAGGUUUAACAUCAUUGACCGGUUAUCCUUGUCAAAUAUUUUCAUUACCAUCAAUUAUUGAUUAUCCAGCGUUGAACGAAGCAGAUUCAUUGUCGAUUAUGGAAUUUUGGAUCAAAAUACUCAGUUUUAAUUCGGCAGGAUUCUUGAUGACAGUUUCAUGUGGCCGUAAUCGAAAUGAGCAGCAACAAGAACAAUAUAAACAAUUAGGUUUACUGCUGAAUCAUGCCUAUUCAAUUCUCGAUACUGUAUCCAUAGGAAAUCUACGUUUAGUCAAGUUAGUGGGAUCAUUAAACCUGCAUCAUAAGAAUGAUUUUUUAAAAUUUGCAAUUAGAUUACGAAAUCCAUGGGGAACCAUUGUAUGGAAAGGUGAUUGGUGCGAACAAAGCACUUUAUGGACGAAAAAAUUGUCAAUUAGAUUGAAAACAAAAGGUUGUUCAGAGGAUGGUAUAUUUUGGAUAUCGUUCAUUGAUCUAUGUCGAUAUUUUCAAGAUUUAGUCGUUUGUAAAAUAUUACCUCAUUGGUAUCAAUAUUCAUUUGAUUGUGAUUUCGCCUUAUCGUUCGAAGAUCAUAUUGGUCAUGUAUUCGAGAUUAGUGUGGAAACCGAUCAAAUCUUUACCCAUUCACAAGUGAUGUGCACAUUUUAUCAUGAUGCAAAAUCGGAAUCAAAUGAUUCACCAACCAUACUCAUUCUCAUAUAUGAAUUGCGAGCUAAUCAAACUAGCCAUGUGCUUGGUAAAUUUAUUUCCUCUUCCGUUGGAACCAUGCAUUCAUCAAUCACAUGUGAAGCUGAACUACAACAAGGUCGUCGCUAUUUAUUAGCUGCAUUUGCAUUUAAUGAAAAUUUAACAAUCGAUUCGAAUGUAUUACGUAUUUAUUCAUCACGUCCACUACGAUUCAAAAAGUUUGAACCAAAUUCGGCCCUUCGAGGUGAUCUAAUCAUUCAUUAUGUUUUAGCUUGUGGUCAACAAUAUGAGAAAGGAUCGAUUAUUACAUAUCAUUUGAAUAGAAAAUUUCCUGGUUUAAUAUCAUUGGUCGAGAAUAGACAUAAACGACAUUGGAUACAAGUUUCGAUGAAAGCAAAAUGGAAACACAAAUCAUCAUCGAAGAUUGAUCAGGAUGAAAGUUUUAGAAAUGAUGAUCAUCAUCAUGUACUCGAAGGUCGUCCCAUAUCAAGUACGCCAAAAUUUGUUAACGAUUGCAGGUCAUCAGAUCAAAUUCAAUCUUUACAAAUGUCCAGACAUCCAGACUCAAUAAUGUGGACAACAAGCCGUGGAUCAUUACAAACAGAUGAUCUGAUUCCUCCUGGUCAUUGUCAAUUGAUAAACAUGAUUGUAGAUUGUCGACCAAUAAUUCACAACGAUGAUAAACACAUUGCGAUAGCAAUGAAUUUUAAGUUUCGUUCACUUUGUUUUGAUGGUAGUAAAUUUGCCGAUUACGUGGCAAUCUGGCACGAACCAGACAUAGGUCUAACAUAUGGCCUACAUAGCGCCCGACCUAUCAUCACAACAAAAUCAUCGCUAUAGUCAAAAUAUGAGUUCAAUUUUUAUAAUAAAUAAAUAAAUCUAAAGAAUUUAAAACA